AUGGCUCUCACGUGAGGGAGGCGGUAGCGCUCGCCUCACCCUGCCCGCUACCUUGGGGGGGGGAGGUGCCAGUGUGUUCCGGGAGCUGCGCUCGGGUCGGCGGCGUGCGAUGCCGACCAACUUCACUGUGGUGCCAGUAGAGGCGCAGGGCGAGGAGCGGGACCCGGCGGAGCGGGAUGCGCAGCGGCAGGAGGAGGAAGAGGACAACAGGGACCGGGGCCCCACAGGGGAUGGGAUUGCCAGGGAAAGUAGUCCAUUUAUUAGGAGUGCAGAGAUGGACAGAGGAAAUAUGUAUGAAGGGAAGAAUAUGGCGCUCUUUGAGGAGGAAAUGGAUAGCAAUCCCAUGGUGUCAUCUCUUCUUAAUAAACUAGCAAACUAUACGAAUCUGACUCAAGGUGUGGUGGAACAUGAAGCAGAUGAAGACACCAAGCGAAAAGAAGUCAAGGUUCCACGAAUGGGCACUUUUAUUGGUGUGUACCUGCCCUGCUUGCAAAACAUCUUAGGAGUCAUUCUGUUCCUACGUUUGACAUGGAUUGUAGGAACAGCUGGAGUUCUCGAGUCUUUCAUCAUCGUGUUCAUGUGUUGUGCUUGUACUAUGCUAACUGCAAUUUCAAUGAGUGCAAUAGCAACAAAUGGUGUCGUUCCAGCUGGAGGUUCUUACUACAUGAUUUCAAGAUCCUUAGGACCAGAGUUUGGUGGAGCAGUGGGACUUUGUUUCUACUUGGGUACAACCUUUGCAGGAGCAAUGUACAUUCUUGGUACCAUUGAAAUUUUAUUGACUUACAUUUCUCCAAGUGCUGCUAUAUUUAAAGCAGAAGACGGUGGUGAAGAAACAGAGGCUAUGCUGAAUAACAUGAGAGUUUAUGGAACAUGUAUUAUCAUUCUGAUGGCUGUGGUAGUUUUUGUGGGAGUCAAGUACGUUAACAAACUUGCACUGGUCUUCCUUGCCUGUGUGAUUUUAUCCAUCAUUGCCAUAUAUGCCGGAGUUAUUAAGACUGCUUUUGACCCACCUGACUUUCCCAUCUGUCUUCUUGGAAACCGUACAUUGUCAAAACGCAGCUUUGAUGUCUGUGCCAAAUUUACUGAAAGCAAUAAUGAAACAAAGACUACAACCUUGUGGCGCCUCUUCUGCAAUAGCUCUUUACAUAAUGCUACGUGUGAUGACUACUUUAGUCUCAAUAAUGUAACAGAAAUUCAAGGGAUUCCGGGAAUAAUGAGUGGAGUUCUAAUUGAUAAUCUGUGGAGUGCCUAUUCAGAAAAAGGAUCAAUAGUUGAGAAAAAAGAUCAGUCAUCAGUUUCUGGAUCAGAAGACAUGAAAAUUGGUGGACGCCCUUAUGUUUUUACAGACAUCAUGACCUACUUCACAAUGCUUGUAGGGAUUUAUUUCCCAUCUGUAACAGGUAUUAUGGCAGGUUCAAACAGAUCUGGCGAUCUUAAGGAUGCUCAGAAAUCUAUUCCUACUGGAACAAUUUUAGCUAUUUCAACUACUUCUUUUAUUUAUCUCUCUUGCAUAGUGCUGUUUGGUGCUUGUAUAGAAGGUGUGAUAUUAAGAGAUAAGUUUGGAGAAGCAGUUAAUGGAAAUCUAGUGGUUGGUACACUGGCCUGGCCUUCUCCAUGGGUUAUUGUGAUUGGUUCAUUCUUUUCAACAUGUGGUGCUGGUCUACAGAGUCUCACUGGUGCACCCCGUCUGUUGCAGGCCAUUGCAAGAGAUGGCAUUGUACCAUUUAUCCAAGUAUUUGGUCAUGGAAAAGCAAAUGGAGAACCAACAUGGGCUCUGCUCCUCACUGCUGGUAUUUGUGAAAUAGGAAUUCUGAUAGCCUCUUUGGACAGUGUAGCACCAAUUCUUUCAAUGUUUUUCCUGAUGUGCUAUAUGUUUGUAAAUCUGGCUUGUGCAGUUCAGACGCUUUUACGGACUCCCAACUGGAGACCUCGUUUCAAGUAUUACCAUUGGACUCUUUCAUUCCUGGGGAUGAGUUUAUGUCUUGCCUUGAUGUUCAUUUGCUCCUGGUACUACGCUUUGAUUGCCAUGUUAAUUGCAGGAUGUAUAUACAAGUAUAUAGAAUAUAGAGGAGCAGAAAAAGAGUGGGGUGAUGGAAUACGCGGACUGUCUUUGAAUGCAGCUCGUUAUGCUUUGCUUCGUGUUGAAGAUGGUCCUCCUCACACCAAGAACUGGAGACCUCAGCUUUUGGUCUUGUUAAAUUUGGAUUGUGAACAGUUGGUGAAACAUCCAAGAUUGCUUUCUUUCACCUCCCAACUGAAGGCUGGUAAAGGGCUGACUAUUGUGGGAUCUGUGCUUCAAGGAACCUAUUUGGAUAAAUGUACAGAAACUCAGAAAGCUGAAGAGAAUGUUAAGGCCUUAAUGGGAGUAGAAAAGACUAAAGGAUUUUGCCAGAUUGUGGUAUCUCCUAGUUUCAGAGAUGGAAUAUCACAUUUGAUUCAGUCAGCUGGUCUAGGAGGAAUGAAACACAACACAGUCUUGAUGGCAUGGCCACAGUCAUGGAAGCGGACAGAAAAUCAUUUCUCUUGGAAAAAUUUUGUUGACACUGUACGAGAAACAACAGCAGCUCAGCAGGCUUUAUUGGUGGCUAAGAACAUUGAUUUGUUUCCAACAAAUCAAGAACGUUUUACUGAAGGAAACAUAGAUGUGUGGUGGAUUGUUCAUGAUGGUGGUAUGCUGAUGUUACUGCCUUUUCUCCUUCGACAGCACAAGGUUUGGAGAAAAUGUAAAAUGCGUAUCUUCACUGUUGCUCAAAUGGAUGAUAAUAGCAUUCAAAUGAAGAAGGAUCUUCAGAUGUUCUUGUACCAUCUUCGCCUGAAUGCUGAAGUGGAAGUUGUUGAAAUGUUUGAAAAUGACAUUUCUGCAUUUACAUAUGAAAAGACACUUAUGAUGGAACAGCGAUCCCAGAUGCUAAAACAGAUGCAACUAUCAAAGAAUGAAAGGGAAAGAGAGGCUCAACUGAUCCAUGACAGAAACACAGCCUCGCACUCAACUCCAGCUGUCAAAGCAAGUGUGGCUGCUUCUGUGCCAGAAAAAGUGCAAAUGACCUGGACCAAAGAAAAGUUUGUAGCUGAAAAGCAUAAAAACAAAGACACAAAUGUGUCUGGUUUUAAAGAUAUUUUCAACAUGAAGCCGAAUCAGUCGAAUGUAAGAAGAAUGCACACUGCUGUGAAGCUCAAUGGAGUGGUGCUUAAUAAAUCACAACAUGCUCAACUAGUUCUCCUGAAUAUGCCUGGACCUCCUAAAAACAGAAAAGGGGAUGAAAACUACAUGGAGUUUUUGGAAGUACUGACAGAAGGUCUGGACAGAGUUCUCCUAGUCCGAGGCAGUGGACGUGAAGUGAUCACCAUUUAUUCCUAACCUGUUUUUUUGUUUUGUUUUGUGAUUCUUGGGGCAGGGGGCAAAAUGUGCAACAUUAUUUGAUGUAAUUGGAGCAACUUCAUUAAGAGCUCUAGCACAUUGAAAACAAUCUGCAAACUGAAUCUUCUGGUGAGGUGUUCUGUUUUUUUUCUACUAAAAUGUUAUAUUUAAAUUAUAUUUUCAAAAGAUAUAUGUUGAAAAUAUUUCUGUAGUGGAUUAAUAAAUGCUGCAUGGAUUAGGAUAUUUAUAUAUAGCAUAUUCUGAUACGUGUUAAUCUGUGGUGAAACAAAAAAAGAAAUGGUAAUGCUAUUUUAUUUUUAAACAUAGCAGAAAUGUAAGCAACUUUUGUUGUUCUUAGUCUCUGCUCUGCUUCUAAAUAAAAUUGAGAAGUUGGCUUCCUCACUUACAAAGAUGCUGCUACGUUGCUCCUGUUGGGAUUAGUUCAGGAAACUUAAUUCAGAAAUGUGUUUAAAAAACACUCAAAUUAGGAUGCUGUUAGGUAUUUUAAAGCAUCUCCCUGAGGUUCAUGAUUUGCCACGCUUGCUCUAAAUAGUAUUUUUCUAUUCUAUUUCAGGAAAGGUAUGUAUACUUCAAAAGUCUUCAGGUGACAGUAAUAGUAAAUUGUGCAAUUUUUUUUCAUGAGCUACACUAUACUGCAUAAUUAUACCAAACAGUCCAAUUCAUAGGAAGUCUAUGAUGCAGUAUCGCCCGCCACUUGCUGGAAACAAACUUACAGCUAUUAGUAAACCACAGCAAACUGAUCAAUGACUUGUAUGUAGUCUCUUGUUUUCAAAUCUGUGUAUUUUGAGAAAUGCUGUAUGUACACACUGCUGUGAAAAUAAAAUCUGCUUUUCAGGAAA